AUUCCUGGAGAUCCUUGUCGUGCCACCUGUUAAGUUAAAGGGUUAUCUACGUACUGGCUGAUUAUGCCCGAGGAAAGCUAAUCAGUUCUGACAUUUGUGGAGAAGUAGGCGUGCGCUUUUUGGCACCAUGGAGGACAUCUUCAAGGAUCAAGACUUAUGGUCCAAUGAGUCGUCUAGAAACUCCAGCGUCAACAAUGAAACUUACGGCGUGAACCAGACGGUGAACCCGCUGAAGCGGAACGAAGAGGUGGCAAAAGUGGAAGUCACUGUAUUGGCCUUGGUGCUCUUCUUGGCACUCGCUGGUAACCUCUGCGUCCUUGUUGCAAUCCACACGGCCAAGCACAGUCAAUCUCGCAUGUACUACUUCAUGAAGCACCUCAGCAUUGCAGAUCUGGUCGUGGCUGUCUUCCAGGUACUUCCUCAACUCAUCUGGGACAUCACGUUUCGCUUUUAUGGACCAGACAUCCUGUGCAGGUUGGUGAAGUAUCUUCAGACCGUUGGGAUGUUCGCCUCCACGUACAUGCUGGUGCUGAUGUCCAUAGACAGAUGUAUGGCAAUCUGCCAGCCCCUUCGUUCUUUACACAAGCAAAAGGACCGCUGUUACGUGAUUUGUUCUUGGGCACUAAGCUUACUUUUCAGCAUCCCACAGGUUUAUAUAUUUUCCUUACGGGAGGUGGGUUCAGGAGUAUAUGAUUGCUGGGGAGAUUUCGUGCAGCCGUGGGGAGCGAAAGCCUACAUCACGUGGAUUAGUCUGACAAUAUACAUCAUACCAGUGGCCAUUCUGAGCGUCUGCUACGGACUGAUAAGUUUUAAAAUAUGGCAAAACUUUAAAAGGAAGACUAAGAAGGACCAGUGUAUCACUCUCACGCCCAAGACAUCGAAAGGCAGCGCGCUCGCGCGGGUCAGCAGUGUCAAACUCAUUUCCAAGGCCAAAAUCACCACCGUUAAAAUGACCUUUGUUAUCGUACUGGCUUAUAUAGUGUGCUGGACUCCGUUUUUCUCCGUACAGAUGUGGUCAGCAUGGGAUCCCGAAGCACCAAGGGAAGCAAUGCCCUUCAUCAUUUCCAUGUUGCUGGCCAGUCUGAACAGCUGCUGUAACCCCUGGAUCUACAUGUUUUUUGCUGGGCAUCUUUUCCAUGACCUGAAGCAGAACCUGCUGUGCUGUUCCACUCUCUAUCUGAAGUCCUCUCAGUGCCGCUGUGAUCCGGAGCAAGAUUCCCGUAAGAGCAACUCCUCCACCUACGUCAUCAAAAGUACCAGCAGCCAGCGAAGUAUUACCCAGACUUCUGUCACAUAAACCAGACAUACCUCAAAACCAGGUUUUUCACAUUUUUGAAAGCCAGAUGAAAACUCAAAUAUAAACCCACACAAUACUGCAAAUGUCACAAUCAGUUUGCUUCAGCUGUGUUUUGGUUUGGCAAUUAUUCAGAAUGUCAUUUGAAUUACUCCACUUCGUUUUCUUUAUCUCUGAGGACUUUGAGCAGCAGUAAUCUAUUCCUUACCUUUUUCUAGACAUUACAGAAGGAAUGUCAUUCGAUUCCAGACCAUGUUUAUGGGUCUAUUUACAUUUAGCCACACGUCAUUUGAAUUGCUAUCUGAUUGUGCAUGCGCAUUCACUUUGGUCACAUAAACGUGUCUUGGUGCUGCAUGGGCACCUAAAUUGGCUGCACUUGAUGUGGCUGAAUUAUCUUUGACAAUUGUGGUACAAAAGAUAACCAUAAUGUGCCACAUUCUGUUUGGGGCUCACAAAAUGCCAUGACACAGAUGUGUUUAGUAGGAGCAAAGUUUGCAAUCAUGGCCUCAACAACCAGAUGGAUUUACUCUUGGCCGAGUCUCAAACCAACAGAUUGGAUUUCUGUCAUGCUUAAAUGUCUUAGAGUGUCCAAGUGUAAAUAGCCCCGAUAUGAUAUAAACAUGCAAAAC